UUUAUUUCUAUUCUAUUGAGGCCUAGAAUUUUUAUCCGUCCAUUAACCUGUUGUGUCUCAUUUUCAAGAGUUUAAUUUCUCCAGGUGAUGUUAAUUGUUAAUGGAAUUGGAAAUGGAUUUAAAUUGGUGUGUAGCUAAUUGCUGUUAAUUAACCAUGUGAAUAAGACAAUAGCUUAACAAUCAAAGUCUCUGGUUAAAGGUGAUCACAUGGAAAUUAAUCAAUUUAAUUUGAUUGGAUCGAUUCUUCAACUAAUAAAGAUGAUUGUUCUCAAUGGAAAUGACCAUUGGUCAACUAAUUGUCUUCCCAGAGAAAGAUAAUUAAGACAGAUGGUUAAUCGUUUCUUCAUCUGUUUCAUCAAACUUUUUUCCUCCAUCAUGGAAACUUAAUGUCUCUCAUAUUCUGGUUUCUCUUUCUUUUCUUUCUUUCAGAUUUAUCUCUCUUUCUUUUUUCUCUCUCUUUCACUGAACCACUUUAUCUUCAUCUUCAUCAUCCAUUAAUUUAGAAUAGAAAAUGUAAAAUUAGAAGAUAAAAACAUAACCUACUCACUUAUCCUCUUGUUGGACAUGAUCAUCAUCUUCAUGGGGACAUUUAGUUAGCCAAUUGAUCACCAAUUGUUCAGUUUUUCACUUGAUUUCUGGUUAAUUGUUGGUGUUAAUUUUCAUUGGAAAAGUUCAAUCAAUUGUUUACAUUGAUUGUAAAGUUUUCCGGUAACUUGAAAGUUGGAAAAAGUUUUCAGUCAAUUGAUUUUACCUCUUCUAAUAACAUUUGUGUCUUUAUUACAUCUUCAUGUGUUGACAAUUAAUUAUCAUCCUCAAUUCUGAUUAGUUCAACAAUUUAACUCCACUGGAAAAGGUGAUUAAAAGUUUCUCUCCUUUUUUCUUGACCAACAAUUAACUAUGGACAUUAAACACUAAUUGUUAAUAAGAAAGACUCUUUUUUUUCAUCAGUCAAAUAGUUAAACUUAAUCAGUAUCAAGUUCAUCUCAACAAUCAACAUAUCUAAAUCAUAUCAACGACAAUGAAUUUUAAUCAAUUGAUUGUCAACUUUUUCAUGUGUCUCUUGUGGUCAACAAUUGUGUCCAGUGAAAAUUUCACUUCGUGUCCAUUAUUGUUACGUAAUAUUUGCCAAUGUGAUUACAAAAAUCUAAUCACUAAUUGUACGAAUUCAAAUAUCAAUCAAAUCAGUUGGUUACAUGAUAUUCCGAUUACAACCAAACAAUUAAUUCUUACCGGAAAUGAUUUACCUAAAUUACCUAGAGAUGUGUUUGGAUUUGAUAAUAAAAAGGUGAAACCAGUUGAUUAUUUGGAUCUUUCCAACAAUAAGAUCAAUUUAAUUGAUGGUAAAGCACUUCGAGGUUUUAAAUUGGUCAAGAAAUUAAUUCUUAACAACAAUCGAAUCAAAAUUACAGGUGAUCAUUAUCCUCAUGGUCUUUUCAAUGGAUUUCAUGAUUUAACCGAAUUACAUUUGGCCUCCGCUUUCGUGGACACUUCGAGUCCACAAUUUAUGCCCAAUUUGAUUGCUCUCUUACGAGAAGCCAAUUUAACUAAUUUAAGUGUUCUCAACUUGGAAUCAAAUGGGAUAAUUGAUUUUCCAUAUGAAUUAUCAUUAUGUUCAUUUCCAUCAUUGCAGAAAUUGUUUCUCGCUGGUAAUUCAUUUGAUCAAUUGCGAGUUAAUUUCACUUGUACACCGAGAUUAAGGACACUCGAUUUGUCUCACAAUUUGAUCAAAAAUUUGGACAAUGUGUCCACCUCAUUCAUCGAGGAUCUUCCCAGGUCAUUUCAUAUCAAUCUAACGGGAAACCCAUUCGCCUGCGACUGUCGAAUAGGCCAUUUCAUCAAUUGGAUCAAGCGGACACCCCUUUUUGUUAUGGGCAAAGACAAUUAUAUCUGCUUAUCGGGUUACCCAAUGGUCAAUGUUUAUCGUCGUCUUAUUCAAUUAAAGGCCGAUGAUCUUGAUUGUGAUCCGAAUUGGUUACAGUUGUCGACCUUCUCGUUUUAUCCUCACAUUAUAUUGGCCAUUCUAACGGUAACGGUUAUUUGUCUUCUUUCUUUGGUCAUUUACCAAGUUCGCAAAAAUAUCGUCGACUUUUUAUCGAUCACUUUGUCGAACAGUAAAAAUAAAAGUUACUCAGCUUUACGUCGGGAUGAACGAACUGAAAUCAAUUCUGAUAAACGAGCAAUUCAGAUAUCAGAUGAAAUCUGAUGGACGAAACUUUAAUCGUAACAAUUAACUUGAACUUGUAUCGAUAAUCAAAGGUUCAAAACUUUAUUUCUCAAAUAUUUAUAUCAUCAAAACUAAAUCAUAAACUUUUCAUAUUGUACAUUGUUUUUAAAUCCAAUUCAUUUUUAGAUCAACAAUAAAUGUAAAUUUUUGAACACAAUAA